GGUCCCUCUUAAGAAAAGAAAAACCAGAAGCCAGCGUUUUAAAGCACUGGGAGACUGCUAAAGGAUUGGAUGCAAACAAUCGCUUUCCCAACACGGAGAAGAUGGAGAGAAUUCAACCAAACAGGCAAGUCAUGGCUUUUAUAUUUAUGCUGGUUUGGGUUCAGGUUUGGAGUGAGCCAACAACUCGGUACUCUAUCAUGGAGGAAACAGAAAGCGGCUCCUUUGUAGCCCAUCUGGCCAAGGACCUGGGUCUGAGAUCUGGGGACCUGGCAGCCCGGUCUGCAAGGGUGGUGUCUGAUGAUUACAAGCAGCGAUUGCUGCUGGAUCCCAAGACUGGAGAUCUGCUUCUGAGGGAGAAACUAGACCGGGAAGAGCUCUGUGCCUCUGUAGACCCCUGUGUGCUGCAUUUCCAGGUGUCUCUUGAAAAACCAGUGCAGUAUUUUCAAGGAGAAUUACUGAUCCAGGACAUAAAUGACCACUCACCAGAAUUCCCAGAUAGGGAAAUGCUUUUGAAAAUACCAGAAAAUAGCCAGCCAGGCACUCUGUUACCAUUGAAUUUAGCCCAGGAUUUGGAUGUGGGCAGCAAUGGGCUUCAAGAGUACACAGUCAACUCCAACUCUCAUUUUCAUGUCCUCACUCGAAAUAAUAGUGAAGGCAAGAAAUACCCAGAAUUGGUGCAGGACAGAGCCCUGGACAGAGAGGAGCAGGCAGAGCUGAGCUUGACCCUCACGGCUCUGGAUGGGGGCUCUCCACCUAGGUCAGGAACAGCCAUGGUUCGAAUCCUGAUCCUGGACAUCAAUGACAAUGCCCCUGAAUUUGUGAAGACCCCCUAUGAGGCACAGGUCCUGGAGAGCAACCCCCCAGACUCUGUGGUCCUGACUGUCCUAGCACAGGAUGCAGAUGCUGGCAACUUUGGGAGAGUUUCCUAUGGCUUGUUCCAAGCAUCAGAUGAAGUUCAACAGACGUUCUCAAUAAACGAAAUCACGGGAGAAAUACGGCUGAAAAAGGGAUUGGACUUUGAAAAAAUUAAGUCUUACCACGUGAAAAUCGAGGCCACGGAUGGAGGAGGCCUUUCUGGGAAGGGCGCUGUGCUGAUAGAGGUGGUGGAUGUGAACGACAAUGCCCCAGAGCUGACCAUAUCUUCACUGACCAGCUCAGUUCCAGAAAAUGCUCCUGAGACCAUAAUCAGCAUCUUCAGAGUUGGAGACAGGGAUUCCGGAGAGAAUGGAAAGGUGGUUUGUUCUAUUCCAGACACCCUGCCGUUCAUCCUCAAAUCCACUUUCAAGAAUUUCUACACCCUGGUGACAGAGAGUCCUCUGGACAGAGAGAGCAGAUCUGAGUACAACAUCACCAUCACAGUCAGCGACAUGGGCACACCCAGGCUCACAACCCAGCACACCAUAACAGUGGAGGUGUCAGAUGUCAACGACAACGCCCCCGCCUUCACACAAAGCUCCUAUACCUUGUUUGUCCAUGAGAACAACAGCCCUGCCCUGCACAUAGGCACCAUCAGCGCCACAGACUCAGACUCAGGCUCCAAUGCCCACAUCACCUACUCGCUGCUGCCCACUCACGACUCGCAUCUGCCCAUCACCUCGCUGGUCUCCAUAAAUGCCGAAAAUGGUCAGCUGUUCGCUCUCAGGGCGCUGGACUAUGAGGCCCUGCAGACCUUCGAGUUCCUCGUGGGCGCCACAGACCAAGGCUCGCCUGCGCUCAGCAGCCAGGCGCUGGUGCGCGUGCAGGUGCUGGACGCCAACGACAAUGCGCCCUUCAUGCUCUACCCGCUGCAGAACGCCUCUGCGCCCUUCACUGAGCUGCUGCCCAGGGCAGCGGAGCCAGGAUACCUGGUCACCAAGGUGGUGGCUGUGGAUCGCGACUCUGGCCAGAACUCUUGGCUGUCGUUCCAGCUUCUUAAGGCUACAGAGCCAGGGCUGUUCAGCGUGUGGGCUCACAAUGGCGAGGUGCGCACCUCCAGGCUGCUGAGUGAGCGCGAUGCACCCAAGCACAGGCUGCUGCUGGUGGUCAAGGACAAUGGCGAUCCUCCGCGGUCUGCCAGUGUCACUCUGCAUGUGCUGCUGGUGGAUGGCUUCUCUCAACCCUACUUGCCACUACCGGAGGUGGCACGCGACCCCGAGCACGACAAUGAGGACUUGCUCACGUUGUAUCUGGUCAUCGCCUUGGCGUCUGUGUCUUCGCUCUUUCUCUUGUCUGUGCUGCUGUUUGUGGGCCUGAGACUGUGCAGGAGAGCUCAGGCAACCUCUCUGGCUGGUUGCUCUGCUCCUGAGAGACACUUUCCUGGACACCUGGUGGAUGUCAGUGGAGCAGGAACCUUGUCCCAGAGCUACCAGUAUGAGGUGUGUCUGACUGGGGAUUCUGGGACUGGUGAUUUCAGAUUUCUCAAUCCCAUGAUCCCUGAGCUUUUGGUUCAAGAUUCUGGGCGAGAACUUAAGGAAAAUCUCCAUGGCAGGGAGAGCUUUGUUUUUAGCUAA